AUGAUCUUCGAUCCUUCAAUCUCCUACGAUGUUGUAUUGCAGGAUAUCCCAGCCGUUCCCUUCGUUGACUACUGGAGUGGUCUCUUCAACCUGAACCAAACAUUCAUGGAUGACAUCCACAACCGCUCUGAGAAGUGUGGCUACACUUCCUUCAUGGAAGAAGCUCUUACCUUCCCUCCCGAAGGUCUGCUUCCUGCUCCUCCGAACGUAGACUACAGCAUGCCUGGCUGUGAACUUUGGAACGAUAUCUUCAGCGCCGUCAGCCUUGUUAACCCUUGCUUCGACAUCUACCAGGUUGCUACUACCUGCCCUCUGCUCUGGGACGUACUCGGUUUCCCUGGUAGCUUCGACUACUUGCCCGAGGGUACUCAAAUCUACUUCAACCGCACAGAUGUUCAGAAGGCCAUCAACGCCCCUAUUCAAGAAUGGGAAGAGUGCAGUUCUGGAAUCCUCAGAACAGAUACCAGCGAAUACAGUUCGUUGAGUGUUCUUCCCAAGGUCAUCGAACACACCAACAAUGUAAUCAUUGGCCAAGGCAUGCUCGACUACAUUAUCUCGUACAACGGAACACUCAUGGCAAUCCAGAACAUGACUUACAACGGCGCUCAAGGCUUCAGCCACGGUCCUCAGACCUGGAACGACUUUUUCGUUCCUUACCAUUCCGAGCUCAGCCUGGGUGAUCUCGCUGGAGCAGGUGUAAUGGGCAAAUACCACAACGAGCGUGGUCUUACCUUCGCUACCGUGCAGCUCAGUGGUCACAUGCUUCCUCAAUACCAGCCGAGCGCCUCUUAUCGCCUGGUCGAGAAGCUUCUCGGAAGAGUUAAGACUCUUGGUACUGAAAGCGACUUCAGCACCCAGAAGGGCAACUUUGGCAAUGGCUUCAACUUUAUCACCGCCAACGUGACCAAGUAG